AAAGAUCUUAGCUAUCUGUCUUAUACAGUGGAUAGGGGAUAAACUCAGGAGCGUUAUACCGCUCUCUCAAGCAGCAUACACCAAAGGGAGAAGUGAUACCGAACAUGUAUUUGCUCUCAGAACCCUUGCAGAGAAAGCCAUUACCUCAUCUGAGUACAAGCUUACUCUUCUUAUGCUAGACAUGAGCAGCGCUUUUGAUACAGUGAAUAGGAAAAAGCUCAUCGAGAUUAUAUCCCAAAAUCUAGAACCUGAAGAACUAAACCUCAUCAAAAUAUUAAUAGAACAAGUAGAACUUAAAGUAAGGAUAGCAAAGGAGUUAGGUGACCCUAUUAUAUCAAAUAUUGGGGUUCCACAAGGAGAUUGCCUUAGCCCUAUCCUCUUCACCGCAUACUUAGCAUACAUAUUACAAACAUAUGAACAACAACAACAUCAGACAUACAAUUUCACAUUGAGCCUUCAAUAUGCCGACGACAUUUCAUGGAUAUCUGCAUCACAAGAAUACGUAAAUGAAAUAAAGAAAGGACUGCCACCUCAACUUAGAGACUACAACUUAACGGUAAACGCAUCCAAAACGGAAGACUAUACCAUACAAAGGAAAGGAAAUGAAGAUUGGCGAAAUUGUAAAUUUCUAGGCAGCAAGUUGGGAUCAAGAGAAGACAUCAGGAACAGAAAACACCUCUCUCUAGCAGCAUUCUCUAAAAUAAGUGGUAUACUCUAA